AUGACCACCAAUGACUUUGAUCAAGUUGGCGAUCGAGGGUAUCUUGACGAAGCUCAAAAGCCUUCUUCCAAUACGAAUUCGCCAAUCGCGAUGCAUUUUAAAAACGGCACGGAAAGAAAAGAUGCCAUUAUCUCAGAAAACGAAGUCAAUGGUUCCAGAACGCCUGGUGCCAUUCCGUCCGUCAUUGCGUCCGAUGAUAGUCCGACUCCUCUAUCUCGGCAGAGCAAAGUUGACCACUGGUUGGAGCGCCAUUUUUAUGGCGAGUUUGAACCACCUCAGAAUCCUGUGACAUCUGAAAAGCAAUCGUCGGCGUCUGAUCUGGUAGAGAAUCAGCUCCCCGUCCUCUCGAAGCCAACCACAGACAUCGACGCGACGCCCGAGGACCUAGAACAAAUCUGGGAGUGGAAUAGCACAGUCCCAGUAUCAGUGGAGCAAUGCGUUCUUGACUUGAUCAACAAAAGAGCUCAAGCUCAGCCCAGCGCUCCUGCUAUUUGCGCCUGGGAUGGGAAGUUGACCCAUGGUGAACUUAACCAGCUUGCCACCAAGUUAGCGUCCAGGCUCGUUCGCCUUGGGGUUAGACCAAAUACCUUCGUACCCCUAUGCUUUGAGAAGUCUAUGUGGACUACAGUUGCUUUAAUUGGGGUCAUCAAAGCCGGUGGUGCCUUUGUUCUACUUGACCCAUCCCUUCCAGAGCAACGCCUGCAGAGCAUUAUUACCCAACUCAACGCCAGCGUGAUUCUAUCCUCAACCUCUAAUAGUGAGAUGAGUUCGCGGCUGGCACAACAAACAGUUAUCCUUGACUGGAGCUUCUUCACUGCUACCAACUUCGACAGCAUCGAUGAGACUACCCAGCAAGCUCAUCCAGCCAAUCCAGAAUCGCUCCUCUACGCAGUUUUUACAUCAGGUAGCACCGGUGUGCCAAAGGGCGUCCUCAUAACGAACACGAAUGCUGCUUCGGCUCUCCACCAUCAGUUAAAGAAUAUGGGGAUAAACAAAGAUUCGCGAAUAUUCGAUUUUGCGUCAUACAGUUUUGAUGUUUCCAUUAGCAAUGUGCUCACAGCUCUAACGGCUGGUGGCUGCCUAUGCGUCCCCAGUAACGAAGACCGCGUCGAUAAUUUGGAGCAGAGCAUAGCAUCAUUGAAAGCUAACGUGCUUGAUAUUACGCCAUCUAUUGCACACGUAUUAUCCCCAGAUAAGGUACCUGCAGUCAAGACACUUAUUUUUGGAGGAGAGGCCUUGCAUCUUCGGGAUAUCGAACGCUGGUGGGGCAAGGUUCAGAUCAUUCACAUUUACGGGCCUUGCGAAUGCACACCAACCAGCACGAUCAACUAUGAUAGUGCCGCUAGCCCAGAAGAAGCCGUACAUAUCGGAAAAGGCGUGGGGCUAGUAACUUGGAUAGUUGAUCCAGAAGACCACAACAUACUACUGCCACUAGGAUGUGCCGGCGAGUUAUUGCUUGAAGGCGCUCUUGUUGGUCGAGGUUAUCUGAAUGACCCGUCAAAAACUGCGGAUGCUUUCAUAGAGGACCCGUUGUGGCUACUUCGCGGCUCAUCAAGCCGUCCUGGGCGGCGUGGACGGCUCUACAAGACGGGUGACUUGGUCCGAUACACUGAAGACGGGCACCUGAAAUAUGUUGGCCGGAAGCAGGCCACUCAAGUUAAGAUCCGAGGUCAGCGGAUGGAACUCGGAGAGAUCGAACACGCACUUCGUAAUCAUGCCCAUGUGGAUGAGGCUGUUGCCGUAUUACAACGCGAAGACGGACAGGAGCCCCGCAUUGUCAGCUUUGUGACCAUCCAUGACGGAGACGCUGCACCCGAGGUGCGGCCGGAAGAAGGUGAAGAAGUGCAGCAGUCAUUGCGGCAACAGAGGAGGCGAAAGGCUCAAGACGAGCUCCAUGCUAUGCUGAAGUCUCAGCUCCCGGCUUACAUGUUACCCCAAGCGAUCGAAGUUCUGGAUAGUAUACCUCUCAACAGGAGCGGCAAGAUUGACCGUCAGAUGCUCGUCAAGUGCCUCAAAAGCCGCCGAACCACAGUACGAGAUGAUGUGCGGCAGCCGACGUCGGAAGCACAGCGGCAGAUGGUGGAAAUUUGGGGGCGAGUCCUGAGCAUUGAAGCUUCGACAAUCGGACUGGAUGACAGUUUCCUUCAUCUCGGAGGCAGCUCGAUCACAUCUAUGAAAUUAGUGACCGAGGCUCGAAAGAUCGGCAUGAAACUGACCGUAGCCAACAUAUUUCGCUAUCCGGUGCUGCAUGAGCUGGUCAAUCAGAUCCGUCAUGAACCCGUGGCUGACAACUCUCAGCAUCUAAUUGCACCAUUCGCCCUCAUAGAUGCUGAUUGUGCUUUAAGUGCUGUCCUUCAGGAGAUCAGCAGGCAGUACCACCUGGACCAGAUGGAUAACCGCACUAUUAUACUCGAUGCCUACCCAUGCACGCCCCUGCAAGAAGGCCUAAUGUCCUUGACGUCAAUGAGUCCAGGGUCUUAUAUCGGUCAAAACGUACUUGAAUUGUCUCCUGAUAUUUCAGUCGAGAAUCUACGUGCAGCAUGGGAGCAAGUCGUCCGCGACUUGCCGAUUCUUCGCACCAGGAUAGUCCAGAAUGACCGCCUUGGCCUUGUUCAGAUCGUGACCGAUACGCUUAUACACUGGAUUGAAGCAGAUUGCUUGGACGAGUAUCUCGAAUUUGAUAUAAAACAGCCCAUGGACUUGGGUCAGCCGCUUGUACGCUACGCUUUGGUCAAAGAUGGCACAGGAACCCCCAAGUGGUUUGUGUGGACCACACAUCACGCGCUCUAUGACGGGUGGUCUAUGUCUCUCGUCUUGGACGCUGUGAAAAGUAUCGCCCGCGGCGAGCCAGUCGAACAGGGGCCGCAAUUCCAAGCUUUCAUCAAAUAUGUCAAGGAGCAGGAUGAUGAGAUGAUGAACAAUUACUGGCUCCAAGCUUACGAUGACUGCCACUGUGCGCCUUUCCCCAGCGUCCCCCCGCACAUCGACCAGCCCACGGCAGAUGGAUCCAUUGAACAUUGCUUCCGACUGUUUCAAAGUAAUCACCUGGGCAUCACGCGGCCGAUCAUUAUACGCGCUGCAUGGGCCUUGCUUGUUGGUCGGAUGAUCAAUGCGGAUGACGUUGUCUUUGGCGUGACGCUAUUUGGAAGAAACGCACCGCUUGUAGGCAUCGAGAUGAUGGCAGGCCCGACCUUUGCAACGGUCCCGGUACGCGUUAAGUGGGAGAGCAGUGACAGGGCUGCGCAUUACCUGAAUGCGGUGCAACAACAGGCAACAGGCAUGAUUGCCUAUGAGCAGAUAGGCUUGCACAAACUUGCCCAAGUCAGUCCUGCAGCUCGACAAGCAUGCAUGUUCCAGACCCUACUCGUGGUGCAGCCGCCGGGUGCUAGUGAAGCCUCGGACGUGUUCGGUAGGUGGAGGAGCGAGCUUGAUCGAGGAAGCCGGUUUGAUUCAUACGGUCUGAUGCUUGUGGUGCAGCUCAGUGAGGACGAGGCGAGAAUCUCAGCUUCGUUCGACUCGAGGAUGAUAGAUCCAUGGCUGGUAGGUAAGCUACUGAAACGAUUGGGGUAUGUAGUCUCCCAGCUAGACCGGGCCAGUCCAGAGCUGCUCCUUUCAGAGGUCGAAACAACAACGCCUGAGGACCUGGAGCAAAUCUGGAAAUGGAACCAUGCAGUUCCAGUAGCGGCAGAGCAGUGUGUUCAUCAUAUUUUUGAGCAGAGAGCUCAAUCCCAGCCCACUGCUUCUGCCGUGUGCGCGUGGGACGGCGAGUGGGCGUAUGGUGAGCUUGAUGAAGUGUCGACACGGCUAGCACAUUAUCUCGCUAGCCUUGGUGUCAGAGCAGGGGGGCUUGUGCCUCUCUGCUUUGAGAAGUCACGCUGGACACCAGUGGCGAUGCUGGCGGUGAUGAAGGCUGGAGGAGCGUCGGUGGCCAUGGACUCGACCCAACCAGAGGAGCGCCUUCGUACAAUCGUGCAACAGACCGAGCCCAAAUUGGUGCUAGUGCUGUCGUCGUCAGCCAACCGAGAGUUGGCCAGUCGUUUGAGCGGCCAGCUGGUUGUCGUAAUCGAUGAGAGCCUACUAGACAAACUGAGCUCGAUAGAUGCAGCCAGGGAACUUCCGACGGUGACUCCCUCGGACACGCUCUACGUCGCCUUCACGUCCGGUAGCACUGGGAGGCCCAAGGGGGCCGUCAUUACGCAUUCAAAUUUCAGCUCCGCCAUCCAGCAUGUACGUAACUCGAGUGCCAGCAGGCUCGAGCCCACGGAAAGGGUAUACGACUUCGCCUCGUACGCGUUUGACAUUUGUUGGUUCAAUGCCCUGCAGUCCCUGACAAAUGGCGCGUGUCUGUGUAUCCCCUCCGAGGCUGAUCGAAGCGACGACCUUGCGGGAUCCAUCUAUCGACUGCGGGCCACAUUUGCUAUAUUGACUCCGUCAACCGCGGCCCUCCUCCCGUCCGAGACGGUUCGGCAUCUGCAGACGCUGAUGCUGGCUGGUGAGGCGCUGCCAUCCCAGUACGCAAAACGGUGGGUAGGGUUGACCCAGGUGAGGAACGGAUACGGUCCGUGUGAAUGUACUCCCAUCACCACCGCCGCAGUGAUCGGCCAACACAGUAUAGUCGCAUCCAGCAUAGGCACGGGUCUCGGCGUCAACACAUGGGUAGUACAGGCGUCCAAUCACAAUAACCUGGCCCCCAUCGGAGAUGUUGGCGAGUUAUUGCUCGAGGGUCCCCUUGUCGGCUUUGGUUAUUUUGGCGAUGCCGAGAAGACAGCGGCGGCCUUCGUCCGGGAUCCACCAUGGCUUCAACGCGGCGCAUUGGGCCAGGCCGGCCGUCGAGGGCGCCUGUACAAGACGGGUGAUCUGGUGCGGUACAACCCAGACGGCAGCCUGGUCUUUUACGGACGCCAAGAUGCCACACAAGUCAAAAUCCGCGGGCAAAGAGUCGAGCUAGGAGAGGUGGAGCACUAUGUCUAUGCCAGCAUCCCAUCGGCUAGACAGGUGACUGCCGAGGUGAUUAUGCCUGCGGAUGGCGAUGGCCAGAAAAGACCAACACUAGCGGCGUUCUUGGUGGUUGAUGAUGAAGGAGCCUCAUCCUCAGGGGCCCAAGUCAUGAGCAUUCCAGCCGACGUGGACCAUGAAAUAUCCAAGCGUCUGCCGGGCUACAUGGUUCCCACCGCCUACUUCUCGCUCGGCAAACUUCCCAUCAAUAGCUCUGGCAAGGUAGAUCGGGGUCGUCUGCGUGAGAUUGGCGCCGGUUUCACCGUCCAGCAGCUUGUCGACCUGCGAAACGCGUCUCCCAGCGACAAGCGUGCCCUUGCUACCGAGAUGGAACGUGUGCUUCAGCAGAUAUGGGCUCGCGUGCUCAGCGUCGAUGCCGCCAGCAUUGGCGCCGACGAUAGCUUCUUUAGCCUGGGUGGCGACUCCAUCACUGCCAUGCAGGCAUCAGCGGCUGCGCGAGCACUCAAUAUUGCCAUCUCAACAGCAGACAUCCUGCGCAACAGGACCAUCUCCAUACUGGCGGCAGUUGCCUCUGCCUCAAAGCACCAGUUACUCGACUUCGACAAUGCUAGUGCCGAGGAAGACGGCCAGCCCUUUGAACUAAGCCCCAUCCAGCGUCUUUAUGUAGCGACACAGCCGGAUCCAAAUUGGUGUUUCGACCAGAGCUUUUUCCUCAAACCGCACGAACCCAUAUGCUUGAGCAAUUUGGCAAAGGCUUUUGCGACUAUUGUCGCGAGGCAUCCCAUGCUCCGGGCUCGCUUCGCCCAGACAAGUGAAGGCCGGUGGAAGCAGCGCGUUGUUGACGAUGUACCUAACUCGUUCCAUCUUUGUCAGGUGCUUGGAAACGCGUUUACCAGGUCGACAAAGGCUGGCGAUAUGCGUCGGUGUCGCGAGAGGCUCAACAUUGAGACUGGCCCUCUUCUCGCGGCCGUGCUGUUCGAUGACGCUGAAGGUCAAAGCCUGUUCAUUGCAGCACAUCACCUGAUCAUCGACCUCGUCUCAUGGCGCAUCCUACUCGAAGAAUUCGAGGUGCUUCUGACUGGAUACCAACUACCCACAGCUCCCACGACAAGCUUCCGGACGUGGUGCUAUCUCCAAGCACAAUAUGCAGCCGAGUACCUCGAUCCCCAGGAAGCGCCAUCAAGUCAAAUCCAGCCGCCGUACUCAUCGUACUGGGGCUUGGAUAUUGGAGAAAAUGUCCAAGGAGCGACUACAUCAAGGGAGUUUGUGCUCGAUGAGGCGUCCAGCACCGCGAUUAUGGGCGCCUGCAACGAGGCAUUCGGUACGCGACCAGUCGAGCUCAUGAUCGCAGCACUCGUUCAUUCUUUCUCCGUCGUCUUCGUCGACCGGCCUCCGCCCACGGUAUUCAACGAGGGCCAUGGCCGUGAGCCCUGGGAUGACCGCAUUGACCUCUCUCGCACAGUCGGCUGGUUCACCACCAUUUUCCCUGCCUGCGCCCCACGUGGAAUGGCUGUGGACUUGCUGGACGCUGUACGUCAUGCUAAGGAUUCUGUCAGGAGACUGCCGAAGAACGGAUGGUCCUACUUCACGUCCAAAUUUGCAGACGAGACCCACGCUGCCACUAGUGCUGCCGACUUCCCCGUCGAGGCCUUGUUCAACUACUCUGGCUCUUACCAGCAGCUAGAACGGGGUGGCUCCUUCUUCGAGAAUAUUUCGACAUCGGAAUGCUCCUCUCCUGAGUCCUGGUCGAAGCUGCGCCGUCUUGCACUAUUCGAAUUCAAUGGCCACAUGGACAAGGGUCGACUCGCCAUGUCUCUCGAAUAUCCCAAGAGCCUACACCACAGCGAUAUGAUCGAGGCUUGGAUAGACACUUAUGAGGUUACGUUGAUGCAUUUGAGUACGCUACUGAAGGGCAGGCCGUCGGAAUGGACCCUAUCCGACUUUCCCAUGGCUUUCACGUCGUAUGCGGACAUGCACGAGUUCCAGUCUGUCGUGCUGCCCCGACUAGGCAUCACGAGUGCGCAAGAGCUUGAGGACAUUUACCCAUGUAGCGGCUUACAAGAGGGUCUGCUCCUGGCCCAAGGCAAGUCCUCAAGCGACUAUCGAGUUAUUCUCAACUUCGAAAUCGCAGCCACUCAGGCCUCUGGCGACUGUGUUGACCUGUCGAGAAUCGAGUGGGCUUGGGGGGCCGUCGUGCGGCGACACGCGCUCCUGCGUGCUGUUCUGGUGGACAUAAUGCCAGGAAGCAGCAGGACGAUGCACAUUGUCCUGAAAGAUUCUAUACCCAAUAUUUCCUAUAACCAAUGGGCGGGCGAGUUAGGGGCUGACCGUGGGCUCAACGGGGACAAAGUGCGCUUGAAGUAUGGAAAGUAUGACCCCCAGCACCACUUGUCACUCUCGAGGAUCGAUGAGAAGCACGUCAACCUCUGCUUCGAGCUGAGCCAUGCGAUUCUGGAUGGUCACUCCACGGGUGUGUUGCUUCGCGAUUUUUGGCAAGCAUACACUGGCACACUCUCCCCGGAUGGUCCGUCGUAUGGCGACUUUAUCAGAUACGUUGAGGCACGGCCACGGGGUGCUGAUAGGGAAUUCUGGGUUAAGUACCUGGACGGGGUGCAGCCAUGCCUCUUUCCGCCCUCAAAGGCGGCAAGAGAGCAGACGCGGGAUUUAUUAGUCGCGGUACCGGGGCUUGGCGCAUCUGGGAUACACAACUUCUGUGCUAAAUGGGAAGUCACGGCAGCUUCUGUCAUCCAGACCGCAUGGGCACUGGUGCUGCAUCACUACACGGGCAGCGCAACCCCCUGCUUUGGCAAUCUGAUAUCCGGCCGUCACGUGCCUGUUGACAGAGUUGAAGAUAUGUUCGGGCCUGUUAUUGGCAUGAUACCCUAUCGUGUACAACUUCGCGGAGAUCAUUCGGUCAUUGCGACCCUGCGGGAAGCGCAAACAGGUUUUGUCAACAGCCUGUCACAUCAGACCCCACUGAUGGAAAUCCACGAAGCCCUUCACGUAGGCUCAUCUGGGCUGUUUAACAGCAUACUGAGCUUUCAACGAGAUAUUAAGCAACCCAGUCAAUCCACAGACGGACAUACCAUACAGGAGCGGGGCGGAUAUGAUCCAGUAGAGUACCCUAUCGCCCUUAGCGUUAAUGAUAACGGUACGGAUGUGUCGAUUGAACUGAGUUUCAAAGCUGGUUUCAUAGCAAACGAUGAAGCGGAACGGGUGGCGAGGGUCCUGGGAGCCACUGUGUUUUCGCUCAUAAAGGAUCCUGAGGAGAAAGUCAGCAGUGUGAGCCUUUUACCUGGGGCCGACUUGGAGCGAGUGUGGGCUUGGAACUCAGAUGUGCCGAGGGCGGAGGAGAGGUUUGCCCACAAUCUUGUCGAAGAACAAGCCAGACGGCGACCCGAUGCAGCAGCAGUCUGUGCAUGGGAUGGCGAACUGACGUAUAAGGAGCUUGAUACGCUUGCGGAUCACCUGGCGCGACACCUCGCCUCCAUGAAUGUUGGACCCGGCGUCAUGGUUCCAUUAUGCUUUGAAAAGUCCGUGUGGACGCCCGUCGCAGCUCUCAGUGUGCUAAAGGCUGGCGCCGGUUUUGCACUGCUCAGUCCCUCCCUUCCGGAGCAGCGUCUUCUGUCUAUUGUCCAGCAGCUAGAAGCAACUGUCAUCUUGUCUUCAUCCUCCAACUUGGAUCUGAGCUCAAGGCUGUCCAAGAUUGUUGUCCAGGUUGGACCGGAGUCGGCUAAUGUUAUCGAGGGCACCACCAUGGCGGAGCAGACUUUGCUGACUGAGACCCCGUCGGCGCGAAUGUAUGCUGUCUUCACAUCAGGAAGCACAGGCACGCCAAAGGGCGUAGUACUAUCACAUAGCAAUUUCUGUUCUGGUUUGGCGCAUCAGUCGCACCUCCUUGGCUUCAAUGAAAGUUCCAGGGUAUUCGACUUUGCAUCGUACGCCUUCGAUAUCUCGGUUCAUAACAUCUUCGCCACACUCGCUACAGGGGGAUGCUUGUGUAUCCCAGCAGAGAAGGAUCUACGGGAUAACAUCAGCGGGUCCAUGGCGGAUUUCAAAGCUACGCUCGUUGAUCUGACACCAUCUGUGGCGCGUCUCAUAGAUCCAGCUACAGUACCUGAAAUUGAGACCAUUAUUAUGGCAGGAGAGGCAGUCUCUAUUGAUGACGCGAAACGAUGGUGGAACAAGGCACGUAUUGUGAAUGCCUACGGGCCUGCUGAAUGCAGCAUCAUCAGCACUGUCAACUGGAGACAAUCUUGCGCCAAGGAGGUCACUUUUAUAGGCAAAGGAGCCGGGCUAGUGACUUGGGUUGUUGACCCAGAAAACCAUGACCUGCUGCUGCCGCCCGGAUGCAUUGGCGAGCUCCUUCUUGAGGGACCACUCGUUGGUCGCGGCUACCUCGGCGACAAAAUCAAGACUGAUGUAGUGUUCAUCGAUAAUCCGGUAUGGCUGCUCACGGGUUCUCCAGGCAAGCAAUCCGGCCGACACGGCAGACUCUACAAGACAGGCGACUUAGUACGGUAUAAUGAAGAUGGAAACCUGGUGUUUUGUGGCCGCAAGCAGGAUACUCAAGUCAAAAUUCGCGGGCAGAGGGUUGAAUUAGGGGAGAUCCAACACUGGGUCCACAACUACAUGCCAGGGGCAACCCACGUCGUGGCCGAGGUCAUUAAGCUGCAAGGGGAUAGUUCGAGCUCAAACUCGCUGCUUGUUAUAUUCCUCCAACUAGAGGACAAGACAAUAGAGCGAGAUGUGCCCGAUGCUACCGUAAAGAUGCUUCCUGUCCCAUCGGAUGUGGAGGGUAAGCUGGCCGAACAUCUACCAGCUUACAUGAUGCCAUCGAUUCUCUUCUUCAUGUCAAGCCUACCGAUGACUGUGACAGGAAAAAUUGACCGGAAACGACUCCGGGACAUAGGAGCCCAGUUUAGCAUCGAGCAGCUCGCGGAAGUUCGAACAGCUGGACGCGGGCCGAAGCGGCAACCUACAUGCGAUGCAGAGCGGAUUAUGCAAAAUAUCUGGGCCAAGGUUCUCAAUAUUGAUGCAAGUACGAUUGGCUUGAACGAUAGCUUCUUCCGACUGGGUGGCGACUCUAUUUCGUCCAUGAGGCUAGUAGGCGAGGCUCGGAAAUUUCGCAUGAAUGUGACUGUGGCGGACGUUUUCCGCCGCGAAACCCUGGCACAGUUGGUCCGUGGACAGAAUCAGAACGGGACAGAGACCGUUCGGCAACCUGACGAGACUGUGCUCGUUGAUUUUUGUACCAAGAAAGCUCUCCUAGAGGAGCUCGACUCCACUGACCUAAGCUUCCGCUCCGAGGACGUUGCAGACAUUCUGCCUGUAACCAGCGUCCAAGAAAGGAGCUUUAUUGAGGGCAUUUAUCCCGUAGCCUGCGGCAAAGAACAUAACGCCGUUGGUACCACGACAUGUGGACGCUUUGCGAACUACAUGUACCUGGAUUUAGGCGCCGAUACCGACGUCUCUCGUUUGGAGAAGGCUUGCACUCAAACCCUGGACAGGUUUUCCAUCCUCCGUGCUUGCUUCUUACCGCUUCAAGGAAAGCUCUGGCAGGUCGUGCUCCAUAAAAUCCAGCAUCCUUUCCGCGUGCAGGAUGUCAGCGAGGAUCUUGAUAUAGCCCUCCGUGACUUCUGUCUCGGUGAUGCUCACACGGUCUCCCCGACUCAGCCUCCCCUCGCUCUAGUGCUCCUUAGACGCAAGGUGCACGGCAUGCGCCUAGUUAUUCGCAUCUCCCAUGCCCAGUACGACGGCAUUUGCCUCCCUACGAUUAUUCAGUCGUUCAUGAACGGCAAUGUGGCAGAUCCUGCUCCCCCGACCUUCUCCAAGUUCCUGUCGUAUUCCUCCCAUCGACACUCUGAAUCUAUCUCUUACUGGACAGAAGUGCUACGAGGGUCAUGCCCGACUGGUCUACGCAAACAGCUUCUUGCGCAGGGAGCUAUCGAGAAGCGACAGCUGAAGGAUAUUCAUCUUCGCGUAGAGACAAAUCUUCCUCGCCUUCCGGACAAGAUUACUCCAGCAACUCUAGCGAGCACUGCAUGGGCGCUGCUUCUAUCACGCUUGACUGGCCAAGAUGAUGUUGUCUACGGACACCUGGUGGCAGGUCGCAACUCGGCAAUUUCAGGCAUGGAGGAGAUUGUGGGGUGCUGUCUUGAUUUUAUUCCUGUACGAGUUAAGCUCACGUCUUCUCAGACGCCAGCUGACCUGAUGCUGUCCGUUCAGGAGCAGUUCCUGGCCGUCGGGGAAGCGGACUCCCUUGGGUACAAGGAGAUCGCGAAGAACUGCACCGACUGGCCCGCUGGGUCAUCUUUUGAGUCGACGAUCCAGCACCAAAACAUUGACGAGAACCCGAAUAUUCGAUUUUCGGGUGGCACAUCGCGGGUGCAGUUUUUCCAAAACCCACAUCUCAUACCCAUGUCCGUACACAUGGUCUCCUACACCCAAGGCGAUACGCUCUGCUUCGAACUCGCGAGCAAUACUCACAUCAUGGCCAUGGAGACGGCUAAUGCCAUGGUCGAAGGACUUGUUCGAAUUAUUGGGAGACUGGACACUGACAUGAACACAUCACUGUCCUCGUGGACGAAAGACACAUUUUUAGUUGGCUGA